AUGAUUAUCUUUCAGACUUCCAGCGAUGCAACCGGGCAAGACUGGUCGCGUUGGAGUGUGACGAGCGCUCUGGUUCGCUGCUGGCGACCGGGGUGGCAGCCUGUCACGGCGCGCAAAUGCGGCGGCGGCGGCCCCAACAAGACGCCGGCCGUGAUGAAGGUCGCUGGCCUGCAUUUCACCCCCUGGUGGUCUCCAAGUAAUGCUGGCGACGAGCCGCCGUCCAGUGCUUAUCCUCGCAACGGCUGGCCGACUCCCCAUGCUGGCUCCAGCAAUCAACCUUCCCCUAGUCGUCGAGAUCAUGCCGUACAGCCCCCUCCGUUAACAACAGCUUUGAGUGGUCAACAGUUCCAAGGACUUGGAGUCGCCCUGGGUGCCGGUUACGCAUCAACGCCGCUCUCGACGACCUCUCUGUCCAGCCCUUUCACGCAAAGCCAGUCCCCUGCCGUGACAACCCCCGGGGGAUUCCCUGCCGCAUCUUCCUCUAUGGCGUCGAGGCAGUAUACUGUCCCGUACAAUCCACAGGAUUGGGGUCCGGUGAAUGGGGCUCACAUGCAUGCAGCGCAGUCUUCGUAUACGCAGCCGAGCAACAUGCUUCGUGUAGCGUCGCACCACAGACCAACGGGACCGCACUCAGAUUUGUCCCUCUCGCCGCCCCCGCCUCCUUAUUCACCACCUAGUCAGCAACAGCAACAUCGAGACCAUGUGAACGCUGCCCCCGCCAUACGAGCCGGCUCUGCCUCGCCUGGCGCCGUCUCUACUUAUAAUGGUCAGGUGCACCAUGGUGCCGAGACACCCGUGGAAUAUCGGCAGCAAACUCUCCCUCGUACUCGUCCACUGUCCGUGGUAGGCGACGCCGGUCUGACUCGGCAAGUUUCGUUGCCUCCGCCUCCUCCUUUGCCCCAAGGAAUCCCAAGCUCCCGGUCUUCCUCGCAAAACAGGACCGAAGUAUACCGAGAGCAACCCUCGUUCGCUUCGAGCUCUAGGGGGUAUGUGACGGCUUCCCCGGCGAGUGUACAGUCGUCACUCCCAAGUGCCCACAAUGGCCACAUGGUAGCUACUGCUCAGUACGGUGACAUGUCUCGGCCGCCAGCCUCCCGACGCGCUGUCUCGGCGGGCCCCAUUGUAGGUAGUGCGAGCACUUCGAGGGCUACGAGUCAGUCCCGAAGUCGUUCGCCGCAGGAAGGUGGAUGGGAGCCAGGAAUGCCCCUUCCGCCACCUCCUCCAGGUCCUCCCCCUUCCUCCACGAGAUCACAAAGCGUUAGUGGCUUGUCUGAUGCCUCCUCCUCGUUACGCCACUCGCAGUCUGCAGUUAGGACGAGAACUCGGCCUCCCCCAGUCCUGGGGACCGGCCUGGACACUGUCCCACCCACCCCCGCUGACUGGGUGGAGGAAGGGUCUGCGGAGGCUCGACAGAGGGGCAAAGCACCUUUGCAUAUCAAUACAACAGACGUUCCUGCCCACCAUCCUGAAUCUAGCGGGACUGGAUCGGGGAUCUCCGCCCAUCCUCAGAACUCUUCGACAAGCGGCCUCUUCCGCAGCCCAGCCAUUCGAGAUACGAGCACGAAGGGUAUUAGAGAGAGGCGAGUUGAGCGUCGGAAUAGGCAGAGUCAGGUCAUGGACGACUUCAGUGCCGUAUCCAUGAGUAGUAAUCCUUGGGCUGAUGCCUUGGAGCAAGUCAAGCCGUCCAACCUAGUCCUGGACGACGUCAACGUUGCUCCUGAGGACGCUCGACAACCGGCUACUACACGAGCCACGCCGCGCAGCAAUCACAGCGUCGGGUCUGAUGGCCAACAACCCACUUCGCGCUCCAGAGCCUCCUCAACCGGGCUUUUUUCCAAUCGUUCCUCGUUCUCGACUCCUCGAGCCGAACCAAGCCCUCAAGGACCAUCUCGGGUUUAUGCGCAGACCCCGCCGUUCUCGCCUGACGGAGACAAGCCGUCUACAUUCCCUAAGGGGACUUCCCCGGCAUUACCACCGAAAGCUCUCCCAACACCUCCGUUGCAAUCCACCCAGGAGGUCCAACCACCGUCUCGGUCUGAAUCUCGAGAAGGUCGUCCGGUCUCGCACAUCUUGCAUUUGCCCAACGAUCAUCUGCAGUCUGUCUCAACACUGUCUCCCCGGCGUGUUCCGAUGCAGCAGGGACCCUCGUUGAAUUCUGUUGUGAACCAAGAUGCAACCUUUAUGAAAGAAGCAAUCCAAAGACAUAAAGAGUUUGUCGAGAAGGAGGCUGGCGCCGUGGAUGAAGCGGAAGCUUUGAGGAUUUUCACCGAUUUCAUCAUUGCGGAAUCCCAAAUUCGGCGAGAAAGGUACUCUAAGAUUUGGGGUUCAAAUCCGCUGGACUUGGACGGGGUACGUCGGAAGCUCUUUGAGCUUCCACCCAAGCCUGCUCCACUUCCUCAGCCAAUGGUUCCUCCUUCACUGUCUCGGCGGCCAUCCAGAGGAGCCCCGAGACUAGAUAUUCCCCAGCAGUCUCGUCCGGAGUCUGCCUGGUGGAGUAACUACAAACCCUGCCUGUCGCCGAUAGCGAGUCUCAGUAUGAGCAAUGACGAGAUGAGCUCCCGGGGUCGCGCACCAAGCCGCUGGUGGGAGUCCAAAUCCAGCAGCGAGGGUGGCGAGCGAAGGAUUCAGCGGUCCAAACGAGAGUCAAAGUAUAUGGGCCUGCCCCGCGAGUCUUUGCAAUGGCCGCAGGGGCGGAAUUCUGUCGAAGCAAGCAACUCGAGCGAUGCUUUCGAGUCCGCAGACCAAUUUGGCGCCUAUGGCCCUGAAGAAUAUCCGCCUGAGAAGGUCGGGUGGCAUGAGGAUUUCGCGCCCUCGGAGUAUUCUAGCACCGCCGGUCACAGUAAUCCUAGGGAGAUGCAAAAAAUGGAUGUCUCGAGGUUGAUCACCUUGCCGCCUCCUUAUCCCCGCCAUCACCCGGCUGUAAAUAACAGUCAUCCGGACUUGGUUGCAUACCGUACACUAGUCCGGUCGAUCAGCGAUCUCUCCGAUAUCAAGACCACUAGGCAACGGCAUAACGCAGAAGUCGAAACCCUGUCGCAGGCACAUAAGGAACGAAUUCAGGAAGGUCGUCGACAAUUCAAAGCCAAUAUUCAGAGCCAGAUUCAACAAGGGAGCAUCACCUUCGCGGAAGCUGCAGAGGCUGAGGCUGCUCUGCUUGAGGAAGAAAAUAAACACGAGCGGGAUCUGGCAAAACAAGAGCUGGAUGCUUAUCAAAAUACCGUACUCAAACCUAUGCAUGCGAUUCUAAAUGAUCGAAUUACCAAAGCUACCACGUGCAUCAACGAACUACGCAGCAAGAUGUUUGACGACGCGCAGCAUGAAACCCCUGACCAGACCCAGGAGGAAGGCGACGAGAAGCCGGAACUAUUGGAGAAGCUGACGCAGUUGAAAUGGCUGUUCGAGGCGCGGGAGCACUUGCACCGGGAGAUGUACGAUUUGGUUAGCGAUCGGGACGAGAAAUACAAAGUCGUGGUCCUACUACCUUACAAGCAGAAGCUUAACGAGGAGAAGGUGCGCGAGACCAAUGCCUUCUUUAACAAGGACGCUCAGGACAGGCGGGUCAAUUACGAAGCAGCUGCAUUGGCCCGCCUUGAGUCUUUCUUGGCCGUGACCGAAGAGAACGCGGCUCGGGGAGUAGAGCUGCAGCUCUCUGCCUUCUGGGAUAUUGCACCGUCGCUUCUCACCUUGGUUCAACAAGUUCCCGAAGAUCUCGAUGGCUUUCAGAUCCAGAUCCCGGCCAACGAAUACGAAGAGAAUCCAAGUUAUCACCGCCAUCCACUACAGUAUCUGUACACACUCAUCUCACAUGCUGAGAAAUCCAGCUACCAAUACAUUGAAUCGCAGAUUAACCUUUUCUGCCUCUUGCACGAGGUGAAAUCCGCGGUUAUGAAAGCCAACUGCAAGCUUAUGGAGGCACAGCGAAUUCGGCAAGGCGAAUCCGAAGACUCCGUGCGGCGGGAGAUGCAAAACUCCCGCGCAGAUGAAGAGCGGGCCUUGACCAACGACCUCAAGGAUAAAGUGGCUACGGUGGAAGGACAGUGGACCGAGGCUUUAGGAAGUGCCAUUCAGGGCCUCCGGGAACGUGCUAAGGAGCAACUGAUGGAGGAGAAUGGGUGGGAAGAUCUGGAGCGGUUGGAAGAGGCAUGA